CCCCCAUGCCAUGACGGCGCCUCUCCGCAACACCCCGCACGCCUCUGCCAUCGCCGCCAUUGCUGCCGAGCAGACCAGCGCGCCCGUCGCCGAGUUUCGCUGCCUGUUCACCCACGACAUCCGCCGCAAGCAGAAGCGCUGGCACGAUGGCUUCCUCAAGUUCCACUCUUUCAACAGCCGCGUCAUGGUGUACGACCAGGCCCGCAAUUUCCUCGGCGACACCUACUACAAGGACGCCGACGAGCUGCACGAGGGCGACGAGCUCAACCUGAACAAUGGCGUCCUCGUCGAGGUUUCCGAGCCCAUUGGCAUCACCCACACCGACCUGACCGCCGUCUUGUCCAAAAAGACCAGGGACCAGCCGCCCGCUCCGCCUGCCUCCUCCGCAACGAACCCCUUGAGACCCUUCCAGUGUCCCUCGUCAGUGGCGCCAAACAAGGCGCAGAAGCCUGCAUCGCAACUGCGACACAAAUCGCUCAACGCGCUGCUCGGCACCCCGAAAGGGCCCAUUGGAAAGGCACAGCCCAUAAAGUCGCCAUAUGAGUCUCUCAAAGAAAAGGAAAAGGAGAAUGAUCUGGCAGAAGAGCGGGCCCCGAAAAGGCAGAAGACGGGCCCGGCUCGUGCAGACUGGAGGGCGUCUAGCCCCAUACAGGAAGACCAUGUUGGAGCAAACAACAGCCCGGCAAAUGUGGGAAAGGCUGUGGGCGCAAGAAACGCCCAGCAACCAAAGUUUAUUCCCCCUGCAGCCGCCAUCAUCACAAUCGACUCGGAGCCGGAUCUCCACCCGGCCAUUCUGUCCGACGUCACGCUGCCAAGCACACCUCCCAAGGUUGCGGAAAAGAGGAUCGAGUCUCGCACCGCUAAGACUCCCGUGACACACACCGCCCUGCCUCGUCAGCCCUCCGCACAAACCCCAAGAAUACCCAGAGGCAAAGUGCCAGUGCCUAGUGUGCGAGCAUUGGAGACGCCUAGACAGCCAGCACCGCCGUCUUCGCCUCCAGCGAGCGCCUGCAAUCGUCUCCGCAACAUUGAAUUUGCGCUGCAGCCUGCCAAGGCACCACCCAAGGAGCCGUCACCAGUGCCGCCACCGGCACGCAAAGCCAAAUGUCUUCGACUCUCCACCGGAGUGAAGCGUGGCAAGUUGUUGUGCCAAUCUCUGUCUUUACAGAGUGCAAAAGUCAGUGAUCCCAGGGUAGCUGGCACAAAAGUCAGGAGCCGGGCAGCCCGCGUGACAACUGAGGAGCCAGCAUCUGUCAUUCCACAGGACAAUGAUGCUUCUACUACUGUAGAGAGGCCAGCAAGAGGCAAGCGAAGAGGGUUGGAAGCGAAUCAUGAUGCGUCAAAGAGAGCACGAGUCUCCAAAUCUCCGUUUCUACCAUCGCCCAGUCUCCUAGAAGACCCAGAAGUUAUUCACGGCUUGAUGGAUCAGCAGCUGUUGGUUCCGUCGUCGCCUGUGCAUCCCCAUUUAGCCUCGUCACCCCCCGUCGAGGGUCACUCAGUUCCAAAGCCUACUCAGAACACGACUCAUGGGGUGAUUGGGGCGAACAUGCCCGAGUCUGUGAAUGACGAUGCAAAACCACCAUCGCCCAAAGCGACGGCUCGAAAAGCAACAGCAAGAAACAAAGCAGAAAAACCAAAGGCAGGACCAAAAGUCUCGCCUGCUACUCCCAUACCCGAUGCAGCAAUACCAGUAUCGAGAGAUGUGACCCCAGCACUUACUGAAGCCUCUGAUGGACAACUACGAACAUCACCUCCUCGCAAUGUACCUCUUUCGACAGACGGCCUCCCUAAACGAAGCACGAAACGCACGAAGCCAUCAGCCUCGACCAGUCCCCAGCCAGGCAAUGCCCAACGAGCCAAUAAAAAGGGCCCGCUAAUGAGUACAACAGAGCUGGCUGGACUCCUGCAAAAGCCCAAGAAACUCGCCAAAGCCCUCGCCGACGCGAUUGAAGACGAUGGCACCGCAAAUGACACGGGAAAAUCACUCGCCCGUAGUUUCCGACGUGUUCGCAGCGAAAACGACGCCCCGAUCCCCAGUGCUGCAGAGGCGUGGGAACAGCGCAAUCUGCCGAAGCCUGCAAACCACACGACUGAUGGCGUGGGUGAGGAGGAGAUGGUAGCAGUAGCAGCAGUGGCGGUCGAAGAGGCAAACGCAGAUAUGAAUGCGGGUAGCAAUAAGAAGAAGAAAAAGAAAGGAGGUGGACUCGAUGCCCUGAUCAAGCGAACAGACCCAAGGCGGAAAUUCAAAAGAAGACAGAGUUUGCAGGUGGAUACGGCGGCGGGUGGUCCAAGUGGUGUUGAAGAAGUCGAGGUGCCGAGUCCGGUUGUGGAUGAAGACGUGGGGCCUUGGAGUACCGAGGCGGGCGAUUUGAUGGAUUGGAGGCCGCAGGGGAGAGGUUGAUGGACGUGGAGGGUGUUGGUCGUGGGUUGCUAUGGGGAUUGCUGUGUGAGGGGUAAGAAGGGUACGUAUCUACACCUAGUUAUGAGAGCAUGAUGGUGAUAUCCCG